AUGAGUGAUACUUCGAAUAAGACUCCAAACCCAAAAGAAUCUCCUCCGUCCCAAAAUGCUGAUGCUACAACGGAACCAGAUAGUUGUGGUAAUGCAGUCGAUCCUCCAGUUUCUGAGAAGGAGUACCUCAAUGAAUGUUUCUCAUUCCUUUUCUACUUACAAAUUCUUGAUGUAUUUACAUUGUUUCUAUCAACUUACUUAUUCGACGAACAUUUUCUGAACUUCUCAAACAAUCAAACCCCAAAAGAACCAUUUGAACAAGGUUGUGAAAUACCAGCUGCUCAAUCCUAUCGUAGUCACAUGCAUGAAAAUACUAGAUAA